CUCGGGAAUGGGGACUUUUCGAUAGCGGCUCCCCACGGCUUUCCCCGGGGCGCAGCCCUCGGCGGCGGCGCUGGCAGGCGCUCACGGCCGGAUUCGGGGGCUCGCCGGCUGAAAGGGGAGCGGGUACAACCCGAGCUGUUAUCGGCACCUCCGGUACCUUCGACCGCCCCUUCUCGGGGCCGGGUCUGCCCGUGCCCUGCCCUCCGGGGGAGCGGGGCAGGUUUGCACUUCAAGGGGGUCUCCCGGAGCCGCAGACUCACUGGAGCCGGGGCUGUAGACAUUUGCCACACGUGUGAACUUCCCUCCUCGCUGGCAGCUGUUAUCUCUGCUCGAUUCCCACUUUGAUGUGGGUUCACGCUUGCUAACGAGCCCGCCCGGGACCGGAGCACCCAUAUAAAAGCGACCCGAGCCCGGCGGCGCCCCAGCCCCUUUGCGCCAUGAACAAGGCUGAGCUCCCUCCUGCGGAGACCGAGCCCCGCGGGGCCAGACCGCACAUCUGCUGCGCGGCCCCUCCCCGCGCGCCCCUCCCGGCCAGAGCCGAGCCCCGACAGCAGCGGCAGAGCCCGGAGAGCGAGCCCUGCGCGGCGGAGCGGGGCGGCCCUCGGCACCGCGCAGACCCGCACCCCUCGGACACAGCCCCCGACGGCGGCUGGCAGAGCGGCGACGAGUCCUCGGGCUACGAGAGCGAGAGCGGGGAGCGCGCCCCGGUGGGCGGCGGGCGGCAGCGGCGGGCGCGCACCGCCUUCACCUCGGAGCAGGUCUGCAGGCUGGAGAAGACCUUUCAGCGCCAGAAGUACCUAGGGGCCUCGGAGCGGAGGAAGCUGGCGGCUGCCCUGCAGCUCUCGGAGAUUCAGAUCAAGACCUGGUUUCAGAACCGGAGGAUGAAGCUGAAGAGGCAGAUACAGGACCAGCAGCACAGCCUUGUGUCGCCUGCUCCACUCUACAGCUACAGCUACUCCCCGGGCACCCCCCUCGCCCUCUUUCAGGAUGGUCUCCGCUCCCCCUUUGCUCCACAGCACCACAGACUCCUCCCUUUUGCCCCAGUGCCUCCGGUGCAGUUCAGCUUACCCUUUCCCAGAUAUGAUGCUCCGCAACCCACCUACCGCUUUAUGGCAACUGAGCCGCCGUACUACCUUCAACACUUUCUUCCUCAUACUUCUUUCCAUUCGGUUAUUCAAAACAAAAUGGACAAGCAAUGCCACCCUGUAUAUGCAUUAUAGGGGGGAAAACAGGACAGGGGAGAAGUUUCAUGUCCUUUAAUGUAUUAUUUUGCGCUCGGAAUUUCUUGUCUGAUUUGAAAGAGUAUGUGUUUAUUAUUUUAAGUUAAAUGUGAAAAGGAAUAAUUUUAUAUUUGUACUAAUUGACAUUUAAAUAUAUUAGAUGUGACACCAUUCUUAGUAAUUUUCCUUUUAAUAGGCUAUUUUAUCAUUUUUUUAAAUAUUGAUAUUCUGUCUUCAUUUGCAAGACCAUAGAGUGAAAUAAAGCUGCCGAAAGGGAACGGGAGGGAGUAAAGCGGUAGCAGAAACUUGCUUUUGCCCGAUCUCCCGUGGUGUAGGGCAGUUGUUGAGUCUGAAAUAAACAUAUUAAGAAACCAGUGACAUGUGCUAAAUCUAUAAAGGUUGCACUUGUGCGGCGUAAACAAUCACGGUCACUUGAAUUCCGGUUUGGAGUAAUAAAGGAUUUAGAUGUUUUAAUACAUCUUAAAUGAUUUUCUACACUCAUGCUGAAGAUAAUCUGUAUGUCGUUGACUGUG